UCACGUCGGUGACAACAACAAAAGCCCGGACAAACAAGACCUCUUCAACGGCUGAUUGCAUAAGGGCGAUUCGAAUCGCUCAGAAAAAGAAAAAGCAUCUGCGAGAUAAAAACGCGUUGACUGACGCGCAGCCGCUUCAAUUGAUCACGCGUCGUUGUCCAAGUCCAAGCCAAAAUACAAGCUUAUUCAUCGGCCCACGCAGUUGAACUUGAAGUUUUUACAACAAGAUAUAAUCGUUUUAAAACAUAAGAAGACCUGUGUUGUUUCCAUAACAGAUUUAAUCAAUUAAAGUUGCGAUUAAGCCACUUUAAAAAGACAAAAUGCAAAUAAUUCCUACACCUUUACUACUUUUCCUGGGGAUUUGUUUUCUCGCCAUCCUUGAUGGAACUUCUGGAGGAAAAAUCAAGCUACUAGCCUUCAAAGGACCUCAUGCCGGCUUUGUGGGCCUCAAGGUUCGCACUCCCAAGCUGCUGGGCCUAAAAAGCGGAUUGGUGGGUGGGGCAGCUGGAUUUGGACUCGGCGCGGCUGUGGGCGCUAAGUUGGGCGCUGGAUUAGCAGGAUUGAGUAGCCAUGGUGGAGGUCUUGGAGGAGGAUAUGGUGGAGGAUACGGCGGAGGAUACGGCGGAGGUUACGGCGGAGGAUUCGGCGGAGGAUAUGGCGGAGGAUACGGCGGAAGCAGCGGAUACGAACAUCAUGAGUACCAUGAAAGCCACCACAGUGGAGGAUCCAGUUACGGUGGUGGAGGCGGCCUGUGGUAAAAAUAGGGGUAGACUAAUGUUAUUAGUGAUUAUUCAUGUCCUUGCCAUCAGAAUCAAACAUUAAUGUUAUUUAGAUAUAAUUCAUUUGUCCAUUUACGUAAGUAAUAAAAAUGUAGUUACAAACCGAUUGGAAAAGUAAUAUACUGUUGCAUUCCGUGUAUUCACAACAAUCGGAUGUUGGAUGUACACGUAUAUUGAAUGUCAAAUUUAAAUGUACGAUGAGGCUUCACCUAGCGGUGAGUGCUUUAACAUAUUUAAAUGCACUGGAAAAUAACUCCGUCAAAAAGAAAACGAA